AUGCCUCAGCUGGCCUGUGUGAUGGUCAUGUGAUCAGGCGUGUUUCUGAAGAUGAUGGCGUGCUGUGGAGGCUGUUUGUGUUGUCAGUGCUGCUGCAAUGAAGGCGAAACAAGAACACCAGAGGAGCUGACAAUACUUGGUGAAACCAGAGAAGACGAGGAUGAAAUAUUGCCGAGAAAAGACUAUGAGAGUUUGGAUUAUGACCGGUGCAUUAAUGAGCCAUUCCUGGAGGUUUUGGAGGGGUUGGAUAAUAAGAGAGCCAGAAAGUAUGAAGUGAUAAAGUGGAUUUUGGUUUUUGCAAUUGGAGUAUCUACAGGACUGACUGGUCUGUUUGUCGAUUUCUUCGUGCGGCUCUUCACUCAGCUGAAGUUCAGCUUGGUUGGACAAUCUGUGGAGGAAUGCAGUGAGAACGGCUGUCUGGCUCUCUCUUUACUGGAGCUGCUGGCUCUCAAUAUGAUGUUUGUGUUCAUCUCUAGCGUUCUGGUGCUCAUCGAGCCUGUUGCAGCUGGGUCUGGUAUCCCAGAAAUUAAAAGUUACCUGAACGGAGUAAAGAUUCCCGGCAUUGUGCGGCUGCGGACCUUCAUCUGUAAGGUCACCGGAGUCCUGUUCGCUGUCGCUGCAGGAUUGUUUGUGGGUAAAGAGGGACCCAUGAUUCACAGCGGAGCGAUCGUAGGAGCAGGACUUCCUCAGUUUCAGAGCAUCACCUUCAAGAAGAUCCGCUUCCACUUUCCCUAUUUCCGCAGUGACAGGGACAAGAGGGAUUUCGUGUCGGCGGGUGCGGCGGCUGGAGUCGCGGCUGCCUUCGGGGCACCUAUAGGGGGCACCCUCUUCAGUCUGGAGGAGGGGUCGUCCUUCUGGAACCAGGCCCUCACAUGGAAAGUGUUGUUCUGCUCCAUGUCUGCCACUUUUACACUCAACUUCUUUCGUUCUGGGAUCAACUUCAGUAAAUGGGGCUCAUUCCAGCUGCCUGGCCUGCUAAACUUUGGAGAGUUUAAGUGUGUAGACGGAGAUAAGACGUGUCAUCUGUGGACGGCGGUAGAUUUGGCGUUUUUUGUGCUGAUGGGGGUGGCGGGAGGUUUGCUCGGCGCUCUCUUCAACUGCAUCAACAAACGCCUCGCAAAAUACCGCAUGAGAAACGUUCACCCCAAAGCAAGAUUCAUCAGGGUGCUGGAGAGUCUGCUGGUGUGUAUGGUGACCACACUCCUGAUCUUCCUGGCCUCCGUGACUCUGGGGGAGUGUCGAGAUUUAGUCUCCACCAACAACAACACAUCAACACAGGGGUCAGUAAAUGAGGAGGUGAACUCGACCAUCCGACGCUUCUUCUGCUACAACAACACUUAUAAUGACAUGGCAACCCUGUUCUUCAACCCUCAAGAGGUGGCGAUCCACCAGCUCUUCCACCAGAACGCCACCUUCAGUCCUGUCACCCUCUCGCUCUUCUUUGUGCUGUAUUUUGUUCUGAGCUGUUGGACAUACGGUGUGUCGGUCCCCAGUGGUCUGUUCGUCCCGUCUCUUCUCUGUGGAGCUUCACUCGGGCGCCUAGUGGCCAAUAUCCUCAAGAUUAACUUCCACAUGCAAAUAUAUUCGGGGACCUUUGCCUUGAUUGGAGCAGCUGCCUUUCUAGGAGGCGUGGUCCGGAUGACCAUCAGCCUGACAGUCAUCUUGAUUGAAUCCACCAAUGAGAUCACAUACGGACUUCCCAUUAUGAUAACACUGAUGGUGGCCAAGUGGACAGGAGAUUUCUUUAAUAAGGGAAUAUAUGAUAUUCAUAUUCACCUGAAGGGCGUCCCGCUGCUGGAGUGGGAAACUGAGGUCGAGAUGGACAAAUUAACGGCCAGUGACAUCAUGGAGCCCAACCUGACGUACGUGUAUCCUCACACCCGUAUCCAGUCUCUGGUCAGCAUCCUGAGGACCACGGUCUAUCACGCGUUCCCCGUCGUCACCGAGAACAGAGACAACGAGAAGGAGUUCAUGAAGGGCAACAUCCUCAUAAGCAACAAUAUCAAAUUUAAGAAAAGCAGCGUGUUGACGCGUGCCGGGGAGCAGAGGCGGAGGUGUCAGUCCAUGAAAUCAUACCCGUCUAGUGAGCUGCGUAACGUGUGUGACGAGCAGACCGCUGUGGAGCCGGCCGAGGAAGGCCAGGACAUCCUUCAGCAGAUGCUGGAGAGGAGACACGUGCCGUACCCGAACCUGUACCCGGACCAGUCUCCCAGUGAGGAGUGGAGCAUGGAGGAGCGCUUUCGGCCGCUCACCUUCCACGGGCUCAUCCUGCGCUCGCAGCUCGUCAACCUGCUGAUCCGCGGCGUCUGCUACGCUGAAAACCAGUCGAGCGCCUCACAGCCACGGCUCUCUCAUUCAGAGAUGACGGAGGAUUACCCACGAUUCCCUGACAUCCACGAUCUGGACCUGGCCCUUCUCAGUCCACGCAUGAUUGUGGAUGUGACUCCUUACAUGAACCCCUGUCCAUAUACAGUCUCUCCAAAUACACGCGUCUCCCAAGUAUUCAAUCUGUUCAGGACCAUGGGACUCCGACACUUACCUGUGGUCAAUGCUGUGGGAGAGAUCGUGGGAAUAAUCACCAGACACAAUCUUACCCAUGAGUUUUUAGUUGCUAAACUCCGACAGCAUUACAUCACUAUCUAAGACUCUGUGUGCGCUCAAGCAGCCGCGCUUGAGUAAUGAAGAGCCUGAACCCCUGCUUCACUCGCACCCUAAAGCCAUUCCUAGUGUCUGCCUGGACCGCUGGAGUUCAGUACCUGACCCGUCCUGACACACACACACACACACACACACUGAUGCAGGUGAGGUCCCGUUCACGUGCUCCACUGACCUCACUGUAGCACUUUUCAUUUAGUCUCUCUGAGUUCUGAAUGUUUUAAUAGUGCUCACCAUUUCUGUGUAUCUCUGAACGUUUGCUUUUGCACAAAGACUGAUGCAAACCACUGACCACAGUCCCUGCUCAAAAGGGUACAUGUCACGAAAACUGUCAAGAGCAUGCCUGGUCCAUCACCCUAAAAUCAAAAGGAAGAAAUAUUGUUGUUUAUUUUUGAUUUUUGCUUGAAGAAAGGGCAUUUUUAGGACCAUUAAGAUUUAAUGCAUGUCAUCAUCUUCAUUGCAGUUAAACAUUUUCUCCAAAAUAUUGUCCUGCCAAAAUACAUUUCAGUUGUAUUGCCAUAAUUAAUGCUGAUUUAAAUCAAAUCAGUCCAUUACUGUAAUACAAAUGUUUUAUUUUUAAAUGUUUAAAAUAAAAUACUGUGAUAGAGUAAUCAAUGUAAAGAAAGUCACCGAUAUAUAUCAUUUGAAUUAUGGGGCGUAACUGUAAUUAGAUUUUUUGGAGUUAAUGCCAAAAGGCAAUAAAACGUUUAGUUCAUUAGGCUUCAUUCACUAAACAAAAAUAAACAAUAUUUUAUUUUCUUUGAUUUGGGGUGAAAUGUACGGAAGCCUGUUUGUGCCACUCGACAAAAAUGCUAAUUUUGACUUUUCAUCUCACAAUUCUGGGUUUUCCUCGCAAUUCUGCCUUUAUAACAACCGAAACCGAAAUUACAAGAUGUAAACUCGGUUGCAUGACAAAAAAGUCAGAAUUGUGAGAUAAAAAUAAAAAAAAGAUAAUUGUGACUUUUUUUUUUAUUCAGUGGCAGAAACGGGCUUCUAUAGAAGUGACCUAUUUUUAUAAGAUCUUCCUUGCAGUUAAGAAAAAGAAAAGCAUUAAGCCUGUGGCAUUGAAGACAUGUUAGUAAACCCUUUCUAGGACUCAAGAAUCAGAUGUAUCUGGAUCUCAUAUAGUCAUGCCAUUAUUAAAAUAGAUGCAUUUUUCUAGUGACACAUUUACUCUAUUUCGAAAUGCAAUGUAAAGUUAUUCAAUUCCAGUGUUUUGGCAUUUAUUCCAAAUAGUGAAGAAUGUUUUAAUUGUAAUCAUGGCAUUAAUAAUGUUUUCCCAUUCUGUUGAAAUGCCCUGACGUUCUUGACGUUGUUUUGUCAGGGAAGGAUGUUCUCAGGGUGUGUUUGUAAAAAUGAGCUGAUCAAACCACCAUAAAGUCACUGGAUUACAGGGAUUUCUAAUUCAUAUGCUUGUUUUCAUAAGAUAACAUACAGUCAUGAUAUCUGACUGUGGUUUGAUUUGAAGGGACUUACAAGAGCAGACUGAAUAGUAUUAGAGGAAAUGAUGACACAUUUGUAAACCAUACAUUCCUGACAUAAUUUUUGUUUACUGUAACUUUCCUUUUUUUAUUUGAUUUAUUUAAGAUUAAGGAUAUCUUGUCACAUACUGUAUGCUGCAAAAAUGUUUUAAUUUAUGCUUUAAAAUGUUUAUAUACUGCAGUUUUUGUAUUUUGAUGUGGAACUACACUCUCACGGUUUUAUUUGAUGUCUUUUAACGAACAUACUGUUGAGUUUCUUGACUAAAAAUGUGCUGCAGGUUUGGAGAGCCGACUAAACCCCAUCCGCCCGUUAUAAAAGCUUCAUGAACGAUAUGCAAAUGUUCUGUGAUCUCAGUAUCCCAUUGUGAUGUCAUACACUAUCAUUAUGGUUUUUCAGGUGAUUAAUUUAAUGCAGUUAAAAUAAAACCUUUUAUUUGCUCAUGG